AGCAUGAAGGGACUCAUCCUGGCCCUGGUGUUCGCCCUCACGGAGGGCCAGAAGCAGGACCUUGAGCCUGUUUUUCAUAUGGGCAAGACCUACCUGUAUAGCUAUGAGAGUCUCAUUAUGCAUGGGCUCCCUGACAGAAGCCUGGCCAUGGCAGGGGUGAGGCUGGCCAGCAAGGUGGAGAUCAGCCGUGUGUCUCACAGUGACCACCUCCUGCAGAUUCGAUCACCAAAACUGGAGGAACACAAUGGCUUCUGGCCCAUCAACUCCUUCACUCCAUCUUCGAGGCUCUCAGAAACCAUUGCUGCAUGUCUCAGCCAGACCUUUAAGUUUGAAUACACUGAAGGAAGGGUUGGAAGUAUUUUUGCCCCUGAGGACUGUCCCGUUCUGUGCACUAACCUAGUGAGAGGGGUUCUGAACAUGCUGCAGUUAACCAUCAAAAAAUCACAAAAUGUGUAUGAGCUACAAGAGGCUGGGAUUGAAGGCAUCUGCCAAACCAGAUACGUUAUCCAGGAUGACAGCAAGAAUAACCGUGCCACCAUUUCCAAAAGCAAGGACCUGAUGGACUGCCAGGAUAAAGCAGUGAAGAACCUGGGAAUGGCAUACAUCCGGCCCUGCCCCACCUGUCCCCUGAAAGCCAGAAACAUGAAGGGCACUGUGACAUUCACCUACAAGAUCAAGUAUGAUGACAGUGGGGCAUCACUGACAUCUGCUAUGUCGGACCAGGUGUACCAGAUCUCUCCUUUCAAUGAGCCCAACGGGGCAGUAGUCAUGGAGGCAAGACAAGAGCUGUCUUUGGUCGGCACUAAAAGGCCUCCUCUCAGUGCACCAACAUCUCAGCUGCAAAACCAGGGGAGUCUUCGUUAUCAUUUCUCAGGAGAGCUACUCCAGAUGCCAAUUCCUCUAAUAAGGAUAAAAAAUCCAGAUUUGCAGUUAACAGAGACACUGCGGCAAUUAGUUCAGAAUAAUGAGAAAGGAGCCACUAAAGAAGCUUCAGCCAAGUUCUUACAAAUGGUCCAGCUUUUUCGUGUAGCAACCCUUGAUCAAAUCGAGUCUUUGUGGCUGCAGUUUGUCAAUGAACUCCCCUACAGGCCCUGGUUCCUGAACGCCAUCUGUGCUGCUGGAGCUACUGACACGUUCAGAUUCCUGAAACAAAAAAUCCAUGACAAGAAGCUGAACAUCUGGGAAGCAGCAGUGGCUCUCCCUCUCGCCUUCCAUUUUGUUACACCAAACAAACAAACCCUGGAAAUUGCCUCAAGUUUUCUGACCUGUCCCCAAAUCCAGAAAGUACUGAUGCAUAGGAUAAUUGUUUACCUAGGAUAUGGCAGCAUGGUGAAUAAAUACUGUGCUCAGGCUUUACUAUGUCCAAAUGAACUCCUUCAGCCACUCCACGACCUUGCUACUGAAGCCACCAGCAAAGGUGAUGCCAAAGACAUGUCUUUGGCCCUGAAAGCCAUGGGCAAUGCAGGAGAGCCAGCCAGUAUCAAACGCAUCCUGAAGUUUUUGCCAACAUUUUCCUCAGCUGCAGCUUCAUUACCAAACAGAAUUCAUGCUGAUGCUGUGUUGGCCUUAAGGAAAAUUGCAAGAAAAGACCCUGCAAAAGUAAGGGAGCUCACCCUCCAGGUCUUUCUGGACAGCACGCUUGCUCCCAAUGUCCGAAUGGUGGCUUGUGUUGUUCUUUUUGAAACCAAGCCUGCUCUUCCAACAGUAACAGCUCUGGCCAGCUCGCUGCUCACAGAGCCCAGCCUGCAAGUUGCCAGUUUUGCAUAUUCACACAUGAAGACUUUGGCAGCAGGCAGGAUCCCACAGCUCUAUAAACUAUCUGCUGCUUGCAACAUUGCCAUCAAACUCCUGGGCCCCAGACUUGACAGGCUGAGCUAUCGCUACAGCAAGGUCAUCCAGAUCAGCGACUAUUCUUCCCAGUAUCAGGCUGGUGCCAUGUGGAGGGUCUAUCUAAUGAACAGUCCCAGCACCAUGUUUCCAUCUGAUAUAAUCACAAAAGUAAGAGGCUAUUAUGCAAACACUGCAACGGAUAUUAUUGAGGUGGCUUUCCGGUCACAAGGCUUAACCAAGCUUAUAAGGAAGCAGAACAUUCCCUUUGCUGAGUAUGACACAUACAAGACCCUGAAGGAGCUGGGGAAAUCGCUUCUGGGAUGGAAAGAACUGCCACCUGAAGACCCCCUGGUAUCUGCUUACAUCAAAGUAUUGAGUCAAGAGAUUGCCUUUGUUGACAUUGACAAAGAUGCCGUUCAACAGAUGAUGAUGAGUCUAUCUGGAUCAUCAGACUGGCAGCCAGUGGUGAAAAAAGUGGUGGAGGAGGUCCAGAGAGGCGUUUCGGGGCGAUGGACCCUGCCAGUGGUGGUGGGUGAGAUGCGGCACAUCGUGCCCACCAUUGCUGGCCUGCCGCUGGAGCUGGGGCUGUGCGGGGCCGCGGUGGCCCAGGCUGCGGCCGACGUGGAUGUAAAGGUGUCACCACCAGUAUCUGACAAUUUUAAACCCUCACAGUUGUGGGAAACCAAGAUGGAUAUUCAUGCUGACAUCAGACCAAAAGCAUAUUUUCAUAUGAUUGCAAUGAUGGGGAUUAAUACACCAUACUUUCAGAGUGGUUUUGAGUAUCACGCAGAGUUCAGUGCCAACACUACAAUGAAAUUUGAUGCCAGCAUAAAUAUGAAAGAGAAAAAUUUGAAGAUUGAAACCCUUCCCUGCCAUCAAGAGGUUGAGCUCGCAGCUGUAAGGAGUGAAGUUUAUGCUAUUUCAAGGAACAUGGAAGAAGUAGAUUCUGAAAAGAAAUCUCGGAUUUUCCCCAAAGGAGAAAUACCAAGUACCUCUGACCAGCUACUGCAGUCAACAGAAGGAUCUUUAAAACCUGGUAGCUGGAAGCAAAGCAGCAUACCUAAUGUGAUAUCCAAAGGAUACCAGCAAGGUUCAGAAGAGGUACAUGACAACAAUGCAGGAAGAAGAUUUUAUGCACGCAGGUUCUGUAAAAAAUUUGAAAGUUUGGGAUGUUCUACUUGUCUCAGCCUUAAAUCACAAAAUUCUGCUGUCUUAAGAAAUACCUAUCUGCACAAAUUAUUUGGAGAAUUUGAAGCAAAAAUAAUUUUAAAGCCAGUUCAUACAGAUGCUGAUAUUGAAAAAAUACAGCUGGAGGUUCAAGCAGGAUCCAAAGCAGCUUCAAAAAUAAUUGAGGCAUCAAGCUCAGGGUCAAAGGAAGAGGGAGAGGCAUCUCCAUACAAGGACAUUAAAGCUAAACUGAAGAAGAUUCUAGGCAUUGAAGAUGUGUUCAUGGCUGCAAAUAAAACCCGUCGCCGCACGAAGCGGAUUAACCGAGAGUACGAGACUGCAGACACAGGCCUGUGGGCAGAGCCCAGCAUACCCCACCUCUCCACUUCAUCCUCCUCUUCUGCUGCUUCCUCUGCUGAUGGCAGACAGCCUGGAGAUCACCACAGGAAAGAUGAAAUAAAGCAGUCUGGGAAGAAGCAUAGCAGCAAGAGCAGCAGCAAGAGCAGCAGUGGGAGCUCUGCUAGCAGCAAAGCAUGCAGCAGCAGCAGCAGCCAAGAGGACCACUCUGGGGACAGGCACUGUAGUGGGGACAGUGAACAACAGGACACAGGAGGGGAAAUACUGAACAUCAGCAUCAGCUCUUCCUCUUCCUCAGCUAGUGAUGAAGAUUUCUCUAGAGCCAUGUCUCAGCCUGAAUUCUUGGGAGACAGCAAGCCACCAAUCCUGGCUGCAGUUCUUCGUGCCAUCCACAGAAACCAGCAGCCAACAGGACUGCAGCUUGUCCUGUACACUGAUACACAGCCCAAGAGGUGGAGAAUACAGAUGUUUGGUUCAAGCAUCACAGGACCAAGCAGAUGGAAACUCUGUGCUGAUGCUUCAGUAAUAAAUUACCGAAAAGUAUCAGGUUCUCUUAAAUGGGGUAAAGAUUGUCAGGACUAUCAGAUUGCUACUCAGAUUGCAACAGGGCAAUUUGCUGCUUAUCCAGCUAUGCAGAUGAAGCUGGAGUGGCUAAAAGUGCCUUCAGUAAUCCGAACAACUGCAAGAUGGUUUUACUCAUUUCUUCCAGGAGCUGCCUAUAUGCUUGGAUUUUCCCAAAAGGAACAGCUUGGUCCCUCUCACCAGGCAACCUUGGUCAUGGCUUUGACAUCCCCAAGAACCUGUGAUGUUGUCUUUAAGCUGCCAGAGCUCACAAUUUAUGACACGGCCAUCAGCCUCCCCCUGCCAGUCCCUUCACACCUGGGUACACCCACUGCAGCAUUACCAUCCUCUGCCUGGAAGGUCUUUUCCCAAGCAACACUUUCACUCAUUGCAAGUCUUAAAGGUCACUGUACAGUUUUCCAAAAUAAGAUCACAACCUUCAAUGGUGUUGAAUUUAACUAUUCAAUGCCUGCAAAUUGCUACCAUGUCUUGGUGCAGGACUGUAGUCCAGAGCUUAAAUUCCUGGUGAUGGUGAAAAGGCUUGAAGAGUCUGCUGACCUUACAGCAGUAAAUGUCAGACUUGCCAGCCAUGAGGUGGAAAUGUAUGUUUCCAAUGGACUCAUCCAGUUGAAGAUUAAUGGUGUCCAAGUCCCAAAAGAUCUUCCAUACGCAUCUAAUUCUGCUGCAAGCAUGCUGGUCAGCAGUGAAAAGAAAGGACUGACACUAAAAGCCCCAGAUUAUGGCAUAGAUAAACUAUACUAUGAUGGGCAUAGACUUGAGAUUCAACUUGCUCUCUGGAUGGCUGGAAAAACAUGUGGCAUUUGUGGAAAAUAUGAUGCUGAGAUAGAAAGAGAAUAUCAAACACCCAGUGGAUAUUUAGCUAAAGAUGCUGUGAGUUUUGGUCACUCUUGGAUCAUCUCAGAAGACCCCUGUGCUGGAGGUUGUAAGCUAGAGCGCAAACUUGUCAAAAGUGAGAAGCCAAUUUCAUUUGAGAAGACAGCAGCAAAAUGCUUCUCCGUGGAGCCCGUCCUUCGCUGUGUGAAAGGCUGCUCAGCAACCCAGACAGUGCCCGUGUCUGUGGGCUUCCACUGCGUUCCAGCCGACUCCGCUCUCAGCCUGGACGGGCAGCCUAGGCUGGACCAGAAAUCCGAGGACGCCGUGAGCUCAGUCUCCGCUCACACAGCGUGUUCCUGCCAGCAGCAGGCGUGCCCGGCCUGAGCCCCGCACGGACCCGCUCCGGCUCGGCUCGGCUGCCAAGGGCGGCGGGGAUGGGCCCGUCCCCUCAGGGAGACCGCUCUGUUCCGCUUCUUCUCCUGGAGAUCCUGGAAACAACCCGGGCAGCCGCCCCCGGGGUGCCCUUUCAAUAAACAGCUUCUCUGCCAA